GGCGGUCUGGAGUUCGAGUCCUAGUCGUUACCUUUCCAAACUGUUUGUUUCCCGAGAAAUAGGCGCGAGAAACACAGAACAACAUAGGUGGCUGUCUGCUCCCUUCUACGCCGUCUAAGCGCUCCAAGAACCUUCUCUCACUGAAUUCUUCCAAACCAUCUCUCCAUUAAGCAGGAAGGUAAUUAAAUAGAAAUAAUGGUGGCUUCUUCUUCGGCAUCUACAUCACUGAAGGAAUAUCUGAAAAGAUAUGAAAACAAUAAUGAAGAGGAGAAGAAAAAGAAGAAGAAACAGAAGAAAACUAGACUUGAUGCAACAGGGGUUGUUGUUGUUGAUGAAGACCCUGUUUGGCAAAAACCAGUAAAGCUUGAAGAAGAUGAUGAUUCAGCAGAUGAAGAGAAACCCCUGGUUGAUGAAGAUAUUGAAGUCAAGCGGAUGAAGAGACUAGAGGAGCUUAGGUCCAGACGCCCAUAUGGUGCCAUUUCUGAGGAUGGAAGUGGUUGGAUUUCAGUCUCUGAUACUCCUAUGCCGUUGGAUUCAAACAACCAAAAUUCUGAUAUAUCUCCACCUCGUAAACGUAGGGUUCGGAAUGACACACCUUCACCAGAACCUGAACUGAAGUCUUCAGUGGAUCACAGAGAAGUUACUGAUUUGUCGCCACCACGGCAGUCGCGGAGGGGUUACCACAAUCCAUCUCCAGAAUCUGAAGCAAAAGCAUUACAUCCUUCUGGCCCUGAUCAUAAACAUCUGAAAUCCAGCGACCAAAAUCCUGAUAUUUCCCCUCCUCGUAAGCGGAGGCCUAGGUAUGACACACCUUCACCAGAACCCAAUCUCAGACCAUUGGAGUCUGGCAGAGAGGUUGCUGAUUUGUCACGGCCACGUAAGCAACAACAUCGUCAUUAUACUCCAUCACCAGAACCUGAAACAAAGCAAUUACUUUCUUCUGGUCCAGAUCCUGAUUUUUCCCCUCCUCGCCGGCACCGUCCUCAAAAGUCAGCAUGUGAAGGAAAGAACUCAGAGAUAUCUGACUUACCUGACAUUUCCCCACCUCCACGAGUUCGACGCAGUUCUCUGUAUCAAGAUGAUUCACAUGCCUCUCCAGGGACAGAUCUUUCACCUCCAAGGAAAAGCAGGAUGGGUAGGCCUGGAUCAAGUGAUCUCUUCCCUCGACAAUCAACUCUCCGUUCAAAUGAUAUUGAUGUUUCACGUGUAUCUUCAGUAUCAGAUCUUUCCCCCCCAAGGAAUACUCGAAAGGAACCAUCAUCCCUGAAAGAGCGGCCAAAAACUGGUUUGGUUUCUGGGAAAGAUAUCAAAGAAGAGAUUACUAGAACUAAGAAAGAUGAUUGGGAGAGGUUUAAAGGUAUGGAUCCUUCUAUAAGUGGUCGAGGUGCUGAACCUGUAUAUCGCGAUAAAGCCACAGGAGCACGCAUGUCAAAGGAUGAGUUAAUGAAAUUAACAAAAAAAGAUGAAAAGCCCAAGGAGAUAAAACUGGAAUGGGGUAAAGGUUUGGCUCAAAAGCGGGAAGCUGAAACAAAGCUGCUGGAAUUAGAACUUGAGAAGGAAAAACCAUUUGCACGGACGAGAGAUGAUCCAGAACUUGACAGAAUGUUUAAGGAGAGAGUUAGAUGGGGUGAUCCUAUGGCACAUUUGGUGAAGAAAAAGUAUCCCGAGCAUGUUCUAUCAGACCUAGGAGAUGAUGAUAAGAUGAAAGAAUCAGGGUUUAUAGUCCCUCAAGACAUUCCUAGUCACAGCUGGUUAAAAAGAGGAUUAGAUGCUGCACCAAACCGGUAUGGUAUCAGACCAGGGAGACACUGGGAUGGGGUCGAUCGUAGUAAUGGGUUUGAAAAGGAAAUGUUUAAAAGGACAAAUGAGAAACAGGCUACGGAAAGAGAAGCGUAUCUUUGGUCUGUCUCAGAUAUGUGAAGUGUACACCAAAGAAGACGACACAAACUUUGUUUUACUGCUUAGAAAGUGCAAUGAGGGUUUUGUCCGAGCUUCCUAUAUCUCUCUUAUUGGGUAAUUUUCAAAUUGUCUGUGGAAGAUUAGUUUUGAGAAUCGAAUAAUUUAGCUAUGUUGUUGCCAUCUCUUUUUGUAUUAGCAAGUCCGAAGUGAAAACAAUUGCGAGGAUCAAAGCCUGAUUAUCUGAAAUUAACUUUCCGUAUUGGAUUUUUUUUUUUUGUUUGGUGUCUUAUUUUCUCCUUACCUUGUCCUGGAAAUAAUUGGAUUCUGCAUGUUUGCAAUAUGUAAUCUGAAUGAAUAGUCAUUUUGAAGAGCUAAGGUCGAAUUGAAAACAAUGAAGAUAGUUGAUUUGCUUGUGAA